GUGAGAAAAAGCUGAAACAAAAUUCUAUAGGCUAUAUGCAUGUUUGGUCAUAACUGUUAUGUUCCUACUAGUGUACAUUGUUUGGAGGUGUGUACAACUGUCUAUAUUCAGAAAUAACUAAAUUGUGAAAGUCAGCCCUUAAAGGGUUAACGACCAAGUGAGUUGAGAAAAAAAAAGAAAAAAAAGAACUGCACCAGAUUAGAGGACAGAUAGGAAACCACUAUUUUUUUCUAACUGGCUCACUCUGGCUUUCCGAGAAGAUCCCACACAGUCACUGAAGAACUGCAUGAAUCAAAGCUCACGCUUAUACAUCCCCACUUUCAAAAAUGGAGGUCACUGUAAAUCCAGCCAUCGAUUCUAACUUUUCAAGCUUCAACACGGAUGCAAACAUCACCUCAGAAAACUUUGCAUUCAAUGAGAAUGCUGACAAGGUUAUCCGCUUGGCAUUAAUUGUUAUUCUUUUUAUCACCAUGGUGUCUCUUGGAUGCACAAUGGAAAUCUCAAAGAUCAAGAAUUAUUUCAUCAAACCAAAAGGGGUGGCAAUUGCAGUUGGGGCUCAAUAUGGUAUAAUGCCCCUCACAGCCUUCUGCUUUGCAAAGCUGUUUCAGUUGAGUCCUAUGGAGAGCUUAUCUGUGUUAAUUUGUGGGUGCUGUCCGGGAGGAAACCUCUCCAACAUCUUUGCUCUGGCCCUCGAGGGAGACAUGAACCUCAGUAUUGUGAUGACUGCUUGUUCCACGGCACUGGGAUUGGGUAUGAUGCCCCUCCUGCUCUACCUGUACAGCCAGGGUAUCUCAGACCUGGCAGAAUCUGUUCCUUUCACUAUCAUCACUCUUGCCCUGAUUAUGAUCUUGGUGCCCGGCGGUAUUGGGAUCCUGAUCAACUACCGAGUGCCCCAGUAUUCUAAGAUCAUCACUCAGGUUGGGUUGGCGCUGCUGCUGAUCUCAUUCGUUGUCAUUGGUUUUCUUGCUGGUAUAUCUCAAGGAGGAAAAUUUUUCAAAGUUCUGUCCCGUCAACUUAUAGCCAUUGCAGCAUUGAUGCCACUGACUGGAUUCAUAUGUGGAUAUAUAUUGGCAUCUCUGUUCAGCAUGAAUGCACCUUGCAGACGGACGGUUUCUAUGGAGGUGGGUUGCCAGAACAUUCAGCUGUGUACCACAAUCCUGAAGGUGGCCUUCCCUGCUGAGCACAUUGGUCAGCUGUAUUUCUUCCCCAUCAUUUAUAUUGUGUUCCAGAUAGUCGAGGCACUCAUCUUCAUAGUCCUGUUCAGAUGCCAUCAGAGACUGAGACCAUCCUAAAAAGAAACAGAAGAAUACACAGCAGUGGAAAGAGCAGCUGAAGAAACUAAUGGGCCCUCUAACAGUGACAUCUGAGGGACCCCAUAGUGCUUAUAAAGUUCAAAAUGAACUCAAGGAAUUUAGGGCCAAACUACCACAGAUGCUGGGGCCAUAGGGAAUGAUGAACAAUAUACAGGCACACCUACAUGUUUUGUUGUUCCUCCUUAAAAAACAUAUGCAUAAUGCCGAACAGUUUCAGUUUACAGUAUGUUAAAAAAUAGUUAGCUUUACUGUAGAAAUUGUUAGAAUUUUUUUUUUUUUUACAAUUGAAAACAUGUUGAAAAAUGUAUUUUUAUGGCUUAAAACACAAUGAAUAGUUAAAAAAGAGAACACUUUCAGUUUCAAAAAUAUUGCACCUGUUUUAAGACUACUGAAAAAGCAGUUACUUUUGUACUGUUGUGCAACCUCAUAUUAGACACUGCAUUAACAAACCACCUACCGUCUU